AACGAAUUCCCAAGACGUAACACAUUCCGUGAAAGGUAUCAACAAGAUUGUCCAGGCAUACCCACAGGAAUCUCUUCUACUAGCAUGCAACGGAUCCCUCUACAGUCCAAUACGUACUGCCGUGCUGCCACUAGGCACUACAAUACGUCGCCGCACGUGUCCUUUGGCCACUAGCAUACGUGUCAUAUACGAUUACCACUACAUAGGAGUACCUCUUUGCAAUCGAGCACGCUGACAGAACUUCAAUUCCCAGGCGGCCGGUGGCAAUGCCGAUGCCGAUGCCGCCUGAAGCCAUGGACGCGGCCACGGCCGGCAUCAGCGGCGUCCUUCUCCUGCUACUCCUCCUCUUAGCCGGCGCGCUCGCCGUCUUUGCCCGGCUGAGCCUCGGCAGCAGAAGCAGCAGCAGCAGCGCGCCGAGCCCGGCAUCGUCGCUGCCGGUCCUCGGCCACCUCCAUCUCCUCAAGAAGCCGCUGCACCGCUCCCUCGCCGCGCUCGCUGCCCAGGCGCCGCCGAUGCCGCUCGCGUCGCUGCGUCUCGGCGCGCGGCGUGCGCUGCUGGUGUCGACGCACGCCGCGGCAGAGGAGUGCUUCACGGGGGCCCGCGACGCCGCGCUGGCGGGCCGGCCGAGGCUGCUGGCCGGCAAGCACCUGGGCUACGGCCACAGCACCGUCGUCUGGGCCUCCCACGGCGCCCACUGGCGCGGCCUCCGCCGGUUCCUCGCCACGGAGCUCUUCUCCGCCUCCCGCCUCGCCGCGCUCGCCGCCGGCCGCCAAGCCGAGGCCGCGGCCCUCGUCCGUAACCUCCUCCUCGACUCCUCCGCCGCCGCCGCCGGAGCCGGAGGCGGAGACGGGGAAGAGAUCUGUGCUGCUGUCGCGCUCCGGCCCAGGCUGUUCGAGCUCGUGCUCAAUGUCAUGCUGCGCGCGGUCACCGGGCACGCCGGAGGCGUCGGCAUCGGGGACGACGGCUGCGUGCGGCGGCGACGCGUGGCGUUCCAGGAGAUCGUGGAGGAGUCGUUCGCGGUUAGCGGCGCGCCGAGCUUCGGGGACUUCUUUCCGGCGCUGCGGUGGGUCGACCGUCUCCGCGGCGUCGAGGCCGCGCUCGCGGGCCUGCAGAGGAAGCGCGACGCCUUCGUCGCCGGCCUCAUCGAUGAACACCGCCGGAUUCCUGGCCGAGACGUCGACGAGAAGAAGAAGAAGGGUGUCAUUGACGUCCUCCUGGAGCAGCAAGAGGCCGAUCCUGAACAAUACACCGACACCAUCAUCAAAGGCAUCGUCUUGGUGCUGCUCUCUGCCGGGACAGACACGUCGGCACUGACCACAGAAUGGGCCAUGGCGCUGCUGCUGACACACCCGGAGGCGAUGGAGAAGGCCAGAGCCGAGAUCGACGGCAACAUCGGCACGGGCCGGCUAGUGGAAGAACCCGACAUCAGUAACCUCCCUUACCUGCAAUGCGUCGUCAAGGAGACCCUCCGUCUCUGCCCCGUGGCGCCGGUCGUCCCGGCGCACGAGGCCAUGGAGGACUGCGUCGUGGGCGGCUUCCGCGUCCGCCGCGGCACCAUCGUCCUCGUGAACGCGUGGGCGAUCCACCGGGACGCCGACGUCUGGGACGCGCCGGGGGAGUUCAGGCCGGAGCGGUUCUUGGACGAUGCCGACAUCGGCAUGGGCAAUGCCGCGCCCAUGCUGCCGUUCGGGCUGGGCCGGAGGCGGUGCCCCGGGGAAGGUCUGGCGGUGCGGCUUGUGAGCUUGGCGUUGGCGGCCAUGGUGCAGUGCUUUGAGUGGGAUGUUGUUGGGGAUGUGGAUAUGGCUGAAGGUGCUGGGUUGACGAUGCCGAUGGCGACGCCGUUGGCCGCAGUCUGCCGUCCCCGGGCGUUUGUCGAGAGUUUGCUCUCCGCUGCCGGUUGAUUGAGUCAAAGAGACUGGAUUUGGGUUGUUCUGUACAACGUAACAUGCUUGUGGCGAGUGGCGACCGAUUUGCUCUGCAGCAAUGUCUCUUUUCCAGAUACGAACGUCUCCGUUUUGUAAAAAAGGCAUCUUGGUUUUGUCCCAAGUCGAUAUUUUUAAA